AUGUUCCUUCAGACCGUGCUCCAGGCCGUGCUGACUCUGGCGGCCUACAUCUGGCCUGGCUACCAGUGUUUCAAGGCCCUGGAGAAACGCAGGCCCGAGGAGCUGCGCUGCUGGUGCGAGUACUGGCUGGUCAUCGCCACCUUCGCCUCCGUGGAGCGCCUGGCGGACUUCGCCCUCUGGUGGCUGCCCAUGUACAAUCUGCUCAAGAUCCUGUCCGUGGUCUACCUGUGGCACCCCAAGACGCAGGGCGCCAGCCUCAUCUACCGCCAGUCGCUGCAGCCCUUCCUGGCGGCCCACGAGGCGAGGGUGGACAGGGCGGUGGGUGACGCCUCCAGGUUCGUGACCGGCUACCUUGACAGGUACUUUGGACGCGUGUUCGGCCUGCUGGGCGACGGCGCCGUCCUGUGGCUGGCGCGCCUGCGCCUGGUGGGACCCGCGGCGGGCAAGGGCCAGAAGCCACAGGCGCCCGUCGACGACGCGACGUUGGAUGACUACGUCAACGUUGCCGCCUACGGCGACCAGGCCAAGGGGGAAUGA